AUGCUCUUCCAAGGUAGUUCCUUACCUUAUCCUUCUUCACCUUUUAUCCCUAAGACGAUGGACACACCCGAUAUUGACUGUUUUGAUGUGGAAUUUGCGGUGGAUGCGAUUGGAUCGUCUGCCCAGGCUAUCCGCUCUACUCUGGCACGUCUCCGGGAGCCCCCGAGCCUGAUCACACUGUAUGCGAAGUUCACGAAUGUGUCACCAGAUGUGGCGAGGUAG